UAUCUAAUGUUUUCAAGAAGGGAGCUUCAUUUCCUAAUACGUUUUCAUACAAGGUGGAAGGAUUUUAGUCGCAUUUAUGGCAAACAUUAAUAUGAAAUAUUUAUCCAACGAAAAUGAAUUGGAAAAGAAAAUAUUCAUCAAUGGAAGAGAACAGCAACACGUUCACCUAGAUUUAAACGAAACGGGCCUGGGUAAGAAAGGAUGGAAGAAGUUGAGGCUGAUCCUCCUCGUCGGAUUUUUGGUGGGAUUGGCUUCGUUGAUUGCUGGUGUAGUCAUUAUACUCCUGGCUCCAAAACAUCCUUACCGACCCGACCUAAAAUGGUAUGACAAGGACACUGUGUACGAAAUCCUGCCCGAAUCUUUCAAAGAUUCAAGUUUUAAAAAUGUUUACACUAAAAAAGGAGAUGGAGUUGGGGACCUCAAAGGAAUUUUGGCUCGUUUGGAUUACCUGAAGGAUAUUGGUAGCAAAGUCCUAUACAUCAACUCAAUAUAUGAAAGCAAUGGCGAGGAUCAUAAGGCAAUUGUCAAUCAUACAAAAAUUGAUGAAAUAUAUGGCUCUAUGGAAGACUUUGUAGAACUUCGUAAGGUCACUAAAGAGAUGAAAAUGCGACUGAUCAUGGACUUCAUCCCAAACCACACAGGAAAACAAAGCCAGUGGUUCUUAAAGAGUCAAAAGAAAGAAGGAAAAUAUACUGACUAUUACAUAUGGACCACCUGUGAUCCACAGACGUAUCGCCAUGACUUAAUGGUUAUAAGAAGAGGAGCGUGGACGUAUGACGACACCAGAAAGGAGUGCUACUUCCAUCAGUUGGAGAGUGAUAAGCCAGACCUGAACCUCAGGAGUGCAGACGUCAGACAGGAACUUGAGAGCAUCUUGCGUUUCUGGUUAGACAAAGGGGUGGAUGGUUUUCAUGUUCAGGAUUUUCAGCAUCUGUACGAGGACAAAAUCCUGGGAAAUGGCACUCUUGUUAAUGGGAAGACAGACAGUGAGCACAAAGACUUAAACCGCAUUCGGACCAGCGAUAAUCUGAAUUAUCCCAAGUUGCUUAAAGCCUGGAAGACUGUGUUGGAGUCAUACAAUACAAAGCCAGGCAGAGAAAAGGCUCUUAUUGUGACGGCUAAAGAUGAUCUGAACACAACCACGGAGUACUUUGAUGCCGGAGUCACCAUUGUACGAGUCACACCAUUGUCUGACAGUGGUGCUUCAUUUGCUGAACGCAUAGAGACCAAACUAAAAGAUGCCAAUUCCAAGAGAAUAGGAUGGAUGUAUGGUGACAAAUAUUCCAGUCGAUUAACCAACAGUUUAGUUGGCCCAGUACAAAUUAAAGCUUUGUUGACUCUACAAGCCACUCUGCCUGGAGUCCCAUUUAACUACUACGGGAAUGAGAUCGGAAUGACCGACCACCCCACACUGUCUACACCUAACAAGUACAGGACUCCAAUGCAGUGGAACUCCAAAGGAACAGGAUUCUCCCAGAAUACUCCAUGGGUGGAUCGAAAUGCUAACUACAUCACAGUCAAUGUUGAGACUGAAAAGGCAAUUGGAGAUGAAUACACCACACUUAAGGUGUACAAAAGGCUUCAGGAGCUGAGAGAAAAUGAGUCCUUCCAGUGGGGAACAAUGAGUGUGUAUAGAGAUGGAGACCUCCUGAUUUACACCAGAAAGGCUGAUGGAUUCCCGGGAUACCUGGUGGCCAUUAACCUUGGAACCAGUAAGGUGACCGAAUCUUUCCAUGCAGCCACCGGAAUUCCCAAGGAAGUCAAGGUGGUCUUCCAUACUCACAAGGACGACAACAGCGCCAUCAGUUUGUCAGAUACUUCUUAUAUACUGGAUCCAAGUCAUGCAGUUGUUUUGGAAUAUCAAUAAUGUUUUGUAAUUUUGGAAAAAAUGUUUCAAAAGAUCAAGAAAACAAACUAACUUUGAAUCCCAUAUUGUCUUUAAAAGCAAUUAAGAACACAAGCUUAAUAUAGAAAUAAAAGAAUUUAGAUUGCUUAAUAAAAUUGAAGUCAAAAUU